AUGGUAAUGAGAGGUUGCACAAAAACAUUUUGGGGUAAUGGUUCCAAAAGUUCCCCGACCACUGGUCUAAUGUAUAAACAAUUUGAAUCACACCAUAAAACACAAAUUAAUUUUUCACAAACAAUCUCUGAAUUUGAUACUUCCGUUAAAGUAUUGGGAUUGAGAUGGGAUCCAAUUCAAGAUUGUUUUAAAUUUAAUAUCAACCUUCUCCAUCAAAAUUGGACAAAACGUCAUAUAUUAUCCACCAUUGCUCGUAUUUGGGAUCCCUUAGGUUUCAUUACGCCUAUUACCAUCAAAUUCAAAAUGAUCAUGAAAGAACUAUGGUUAUUAAAAUUGGAUUGGGAUGAGCCAUUACCUUCCUCGUUAGUUGCAACAUGGCUUAGUAUUUAUAAUCAACUUCCAGAAUUAAUUAAUCUUUCCAUUCCUCGAUUUGUAGGUACCAAAAAUUAUAUUCGUUGUUCUCUUUACGGUUUUGCGGAUAGUUCAGAAAAGGCUUAUGGAGCUGUGAUUUAUAUCAAGCCUUGCCAUGAUAAUAAAUAUUACCUUCUUAUUUCAAAAUCAAAAAUUACUCCAAUUAAAGUUCAAACUUUAGCAAGAGUAGAGUUGUGUGCGGCGCACUUAUUGGCAAAAUUAUUAUCCUUUGUCAUAUCUUCCAAUCAUCAUUCUUUAUGUAUCGAAGAAAUAUAUGGUUUUACGGACUCGAUGAUUGUGCUUCAUUGGUUAACAGGUCCAGCUCAUAGAUGGAAAACUUUUGUCGCAAAUAGAGUAACGAAAGUUCAUGAUUUACUUCCUUCUGCCAAGUGGUAUCAUAUUCCUUCCGAGGCAAAUAUUGCCGAUUGUGUUUCUCGUGGUUCAUUACCAAAUACAUUGCUUAAUAAUAGUAAUUGGUACACAGGUCCCUCAUGGCUUUACUCUCAAAGAAGUCAUUGGCCCAUACGUUCUACGUUAGAUUCCAUGCAAAAUAUUCCAGAAGAAAAAGUUUCAUCUUGCUUAGUGGCAAACUCCUAUUUCAACAAAGCCGAAUUAACUAUAAUCAAACUUAUCCAACAAAUCUAUUUUUUCGAAGAAAUUGAUUGUUUGAAAAUGAACAAGUUUCCUAAAAGGUAUCGGACUUUACGACUAUUUUUACAUGAUGGGUUCUUAAGAGUUGGUGGACGUUUAACACAUGCUAACCUGGAUUUUGAUCAUAAAUUUCCCUUGCUUUUACCCAAAAAGGAUCACGUGAUAAAUUUAAUAAUUGAUUAUUAUCAUGAGAAACAUUUACAUGCUGGUCCACAUUUACUCACUUCCAUUCUUCGUCAAAGAUACUGGAUUUUAUCCAUUCGCAGUAUUGUACGCCAACGCAUUCAUAAAUGCAAUAAGUGCUUCAGGAGUAAUCCUAAAUCCUUUACUCCUAUUAUGGCUGAUUUACCUUCUCCUCGUGUUAUGGAGGCAAAACCUUUUCAGCACACUGGUACUGACUAUGCUGGUCCCUUUCGCGUAACCAUGGGAAAAUUUAGGGGCCGCUUUAUUUCACGAAGAGGUCCAGUUUCUUGUCUGUAUUCAGAUCGCGGAACAAAUUUCGUUGGUGCCAAAUCAGAACUGAAAGAUAUAUUUCAGCUUAUUAACUCAAAAACAUUUAGUGCAUCAUUAAACUCCGAACUUCACAAGCAUAAUAUCAAUUGGUCUUUCAAUCCGCCAGCCGCACCCCACUUCGGGGGUUUGUGGGAGUCCAACAUAAAAUCUAUAAAAGCGCAUUUAUAUCGAGUAAUAGGUGAACAAAUUCUUACUUACGAGGAAUUAAAUACCGUGUUAAUCCAAAUUGAGGCGCUUCUCAAUUCUCGACCAUUAUGUUGGAUGAGUUCCGAUCCAAGUGAUCCCCAACCUCUUACGCCAGCUCAUUUCCUCACUUUAACUCCCUUAAACAUCCUUCCAUCAAAAAACAUAUUGCAAAUAGAUUUACCGACGCGAAAACAAUUAAUUGAUAAAAUAAUACAAUCUUACUGGAAGAGAUGGCAUUCUGAAUAUUUAAGUGAUUUACAAUCACGUCAAAAGUGGAACACCCCUUCUCUCCCGGCUAAAAGGGGUAUGUUAGUUCUAAUCAAAAAUGAAAAUUUGCCUCCUCUUCAAUGGUCCAUGGGGAUUAUUGAAGACGUUUUUCCUGGAAAAGACGGAGAGGUGCGCACAGCUUUAGUAAGAACCAGGGCUACGUUAUUAAAACGCCCUGUAGUAAAGCUCUGCCCCCUACCUACACAGUAA